CCCCUGGGGCGGAGCGCAGGAUGCAGUGCCUCCGCGCCGAGCACCUGGUUUCCACGGAGACAACCCCCAGGCAAAGACAGUGGCGACCUCAGAUUUAUAGGAAAUGCACAGAUAAGGCCUGGUUGUUCCUGUUCUUUCUAUUUUGGGCUGGUUUGGUGUUCAUCGUGGGCUACUCAGUGACGGCUGGGGCCACGGGAAGACUCCUCUUCGGCUACGACAGCUUUGGCAACGUGUGUGGCAAGAAGAACUCCCCAGUAGAAGGGGCCCCUCUUUCGGGGCAGGACAUGACCCUAAAAAAACACGUGUUUUUUAUGAAUUCCUGCAACCUGGAAGUCAAGGAUGUGAGGUUCAGUUCCACCAUUCUCUGUGUGUCCAGCUGUCCUGAAGAGCAGCUUAAUACCCUGGAAGAGGUCCAGCUCUUUGCAAACACUACUGGGUCCUUCCUGUGUGUUUAUAGUUUGAAUUCCUUCAACUACACCCAGAAUCCAAAUGCAGACUCGCUGUGCCCCAGGCUACCAGUUCCUCCAAGCAAGUCUUUUCCCUUGUUUAAUCGAUGCAUCCCUCAAACUCCUGAGUGUUAUUCCCUGUUUGCAUCUGUUUUGAUCAAUGAUGUUGACGCCCUCCAUCGAAUUCUAAGUGGAAUAAUGUCAGGAAGAGACACAAUCCUCGGUCUCUGUGUCCUCGCCUUCGCCUUGUCUUUGGCCGUGAUGUUCACCUUCCGAUUCAUCACCACCCUUCUGGUUCACAUUUUCAUUGCACUGAUUGUUUUGGGAUUGCUGUUUGUCUGUGGUGUCUUAUGGUGGCUGUAUUAUGACUACACUAAUGACCUCAGCACAGAACUGGACACAGAAAGGGAGAACAUGAAGUGUUUGCUGGGGUUUGCUGUUGUGUCUACAGUUAUCACGGCAGUUCUGCUCGUCUUGAUUUUUGUCCUCAGAAAGAGAAUAAAAUUGACAGUUGAACUUCUCCGAGUCACAAAUAAAGCCAUCAGCAACUCUCCUUUCCUGCUGUUCCAGCCACUGUGGACGUUUGCCAUCCUCAUUUUCUUCUGGGUCCCCUGGGUGGCCGUGCUCCUGAGCCUGGGAACUGCAGGAGCUGCACAGGUCAUCGAAGGCGGCCAAGUGGAAUAUAAGCCUCUUUCGGGCAUUCGGUAUAUGUGGUGGUACCAUUUAAUUGGCCUCAUCUGGACUAGUGAAUUCAUCCUUGCAUGCCAGCAAAUGACUAUAGCUGGGGCAGUGGUUACAUGUUAUUUCAACAGAAAUAAAAAUGACCCUCCUGAUCGCCCGAUCCUUUCAUCUCUCUCCAUCCUUUUCUGCUACCAUCAGGGAACAGUUGUCAAAGGGUCAUUUUUAAUCACUGUGGUGAGGAUGCCAAGAGCCGUUCUCAUGUACAUCUAUAACACUCUGAAAGAGAAGCACGGUGCCUGGUCCAGUUGUGUGUCCCGAUGCUGCUACUGCUGCUUCCGGUGUCUUGACAAAUGCCUGUGCCAUUUCAACCAGAAUGCAUACACUACAACUGCCAUUAAUGGGACAGAUUUUUGUACAUCAGCAAAAGAUGCACUCAAACUCUUAUCCAAGAAUUCAAGUCAUUUUACAUCUGUUAACUGCUUUGGAGACUUCGUAAUUUUUCUAGGAAAGGUGCUAGUGGUGUGUUUCACAGUUUUUGGAGGACUGAUGGCAUUUAACUACCACCGUGUGCUCCAGGUGUGGGCAAUCCCACUAUUAUUGGUUGCUUUUUUUGCCUACUUAGUAGCCCAUAGUUUUUUAUCUAUGUUUGAAACUGUGCUGGAUGCACUUUUCCUGUGUUUUGCUGUUGAUCUGGAAACAAAUGAUGGAUCAUCAGAAAAGCCCUACUUUAUGGACCAAGAGUUUUUGAGUUUUAUAAAAAGGAUCAACAAAUUAAACAAUGCAAGGGCACAGAGAGACAAGAACUCAUUAACGAAUGAAGAGGGAACAGAACUCCGGCCUUUGUAAGCUAAGCGCGCCCAUCAGGUAUUUGUACCUGGAAAAAGUUUCCUCUCCUAAGAGCUGUGCGCAGAAUAAACGAUAGGGCCC